ACACGGAGGGAGUGGGUCCGGGUCCUCUCCGUGGACCUGGACUUUGUGAUUGUUGUCGUUCUGUGAUUGUGUGUGUGUGUGUGUGUGAUGGACAGAUGCAGACAAAGAGUAAGAGAGGGAGAGAGAGAGAAGUAUUGUAAGAGCGUGAAUGCGCGCAAUCUGAGGCCAUAUGAUGCGCGUGCGGGGGCCUAAUCCCAUUUCCUUAUCCGGGAUUGGUCCCGGAGCCACGCCAUUGGCCGGCUGCUGUCACGUGUCUUCUUAACUUUGUUCACUUGACAGAAAAGUAGGAGGGUUCAGCGGAACAGGAAUAAGCGAAGAGUAAAGGGAUGAGAUAUAAAUUUUAGUUUUAUAUUUUGCGAGUGCGCGCGGUUCCACAAAAGAGUGAAAUAAAUGGCCAUGAGCUCCUAUUUGAUCAACUCCAACUAUGUGGACCCGAAGUUCCCCCCGUGCGAGGAGUACUCCCACAGCGAUUAUCUGCCCAGCCACUCUCCGGACUACUACAGCUCCCAGAGGCAGCAGCCAGCCGCCUUCCAGCCGGACUACCACCACCAGCAGCACCAGCAGCAGCAGCAGCGAACCGAGCCGCCGUACACGCAGUGCCAGCGCGCGGGACAGCCCUCCUCGGUGGUGAUGUCUCCGCGGGGUCACGUCCUCCCUCCGGCCGCGCUGCAGAACCAGAGCGCCCCCGUCUCGGAGCGCAGCCACCGCUGUGAGUCGGUGACACCCAGCCCGCCUCCUCCUCCUCCUCCGUCCUGCGGCCAAACCGCCGCGUCUUCCCCGGCGAGUUCGCGCAAAGACCCGGUGGUUUACCCGUGGAUGAAGAAAGUGCACGUAAACAUCGUGAGCUCGAACUACUCCGGAGGAGAACCGAAGCGCUCGCGGACAGCCUACACGCGCCAGCAGGUUCUGGAGCUGGAGAAGGAGUUCCAUUACAACCGGUACCUGACGCGCAGGCGCAGGGUGGAGAUCGCGCACACACUGUGUCUGUCGGAGCGGCAGAUCAAGAUCUGGUUCCAGAACCGGAGGAUGAAGUGGAAGAAGGACCACAAGCUGCCCAACACCAAAGUCCGCUCUGGCACGAACAGCAACAGCUCUCAGAACCGGUCUUCAGGACCACUAUAGUCUGGCUCUGGGGUUCUAGGUUCGCAUAUUUGCCCCCCCCCCCCCCUCCCCCCAACCAGGAACUGAACGUCAAAGCGCGGCGGCCCCGCUUAUGAUACCCGGAACAUACCGGAACCUGCACUUUGGACCAGAAUAAUGCCUCAUGGAUGGAGGGAUGGAGGGAGGGAAGGAGGGGUGUCUUCUCUGUGCUGAUGUUACACACUACGAUAUGACGUCAUGACGCAGGACAGUCGGUGGUGGAGAGUGAGAUUUCCAUUCAUAAAAAAAAAAUAAACGAACAAAAAGAAGGAGACUGAAUAAACUGAUGCUUGUUUUCGCCACUCUGUUUUUUCUUUUCUUUUGUAGUCUUCUCUAACCCUCUUUUCUCGUCCCUUCCUUUUUGUUGUGUGUGUGUUGUGUGUGUGUGUGUGUGUGUGUGUGGGGUGUCCUCGUUUUCUUCUUUAAUCAUGCCAGACUCGGACCCCAUUUGUCACAUUUACCCUGCAAAGGGUUCUGUCCAUUACCCCCUGCCCCCUUCCAAAACCACAGUGCGACCAUCCCCACCCCCACGGCGCACGCGCACACACCCACACCCACACAGACACACAAACACAGUCUUAUUUUCCUUUGUAUGUUUUCUGGGAUCAUAGCAGUGACUUACACCGAAUCCCUGCACUUAGUAUAAAUUUUAACCAAAAACUACAACAACCAAACUCUGACCCCUGAUCCGACCCAGCACAAAACAAGUCUUAAACACGAGUUGACCAUUGACCUUGGAAGGAGAGGUCUUUCCUUCACCAUAUUUCUCUCCUAACAUAAAAGAAGAGACCUUCCAAAACUGAACCCGACCCACUUCGAUACAGUGGCACCGCACUGCUUUCUGUUUUCAUUAAAAUAAUCUUGUUGAUUUUUUAAAUACAGCUUUUCAAAAUUCUAUCAUUUUUUGUUAUUUAGUGUUGGUUGCAAAAUUAUAUUUAAUGUUGUUGUUGUUGCUGAUUGAGAAUGAAAAUGAUUUUCUUAUUUUUUUAUUUUAUUUUAUUAUUAUUUUUUUUUUUUUGGUCUGCUAAUCGUUCAUUUGGUGACGUGUAUACAGGGAAAUACAGACUGACAGGGUUAUUAUAUUCAAACAUUUUUCACUAUGAAUCUAACAGGGUUUUUAAUUGAAAGCUGCCUAAACAGAAGACAGUAUAACCUAAACCAAAAUCUUCACAUAAAUAAAUCAGCAAAAAUAGGUAAAUGUCAUUCUUUUGUUUUUUCAACCAACAUAGUGUUAAAACUUAAUUAAAAAUCUUUUUGCUUAAAAACAUCUGUAACAUAAAGAUGUUUUAUAGGCACUUUGAAGAAUUUUUUAACAUAAAGCACGAGCUUUAUUUAAGUGUUUUUUAUGUGGCAUUUAUGUAUUUUUGCUCUUUAAAUACACAUUAUAAAGGAGCACUAUAAAAUGUAUUACCUCAGUUUUACUUAUAUGUACUUUUAUUUUUGCCUUAUUUCCUCAAUCUUUUGAUGAAGUGACAGCUUUUUGAGCUUUUCUGUUUUUGGAAUUGUGGGACUAUAAUAAUUAUUACAUGCAAAUAGAAGCAGCGCUAUUUGUUCCUUGUUUGUAAUAAAGAAAUUGUAAUUUAAUGGA